AUGGAGCCCAAAAAGAUAUCAUUCGGAUUCAUGAAAACAAAGAAACAGGAUAAGCCUGUCAUAGUUGAAAAAAAGGAUUUUAUAGAAUGUGUCGAAGAAAAGGCAAUUAAAGUUGUGGGUGGUGAUAUAAUUGAAGAAAAAACACCGCUUGUCAUACCCAUGAAGCCUAACACACUAAUGACUGCAGAGAGACUAAAACAAAUUGCUGAAAAAGUUGAAAACUUUGAAGAAGAGGACAAGAAGCUAGACACUGAGAGCACUAAUAAAGUUGACCCGAAAAAUGAAACACUGGAGGAAAUGGCUGCUCGUGAACUUUUAGAAGAAGCAAAGAAAAAAGAGAUUGUCGAUGUGGCAAAACUAGUUGUCCCUAUACCAAUGCUACCUGUUAUAGAUGGACAGAAAGAAUCUACAAUGGAUGAUUAUGAUUCGGUUCCAAUUCAAGACUUUGGAAUGGCCAUGCUACGAGGAAUGGGAUGGACACCAGGGAAAGAAAUGUCUAAAUAUAAACAACCCCAACUACGCCCUAAGGGUUUAGGCUUAGGAGCAGACAAAGUAGUUAAAGAAAAUCAAAAGAAGAAAACCGCUAAGGAAAAUGAAGAAGAAUUAUCUAUUAUCAAAAAGGCAUAUGUGAGAAUAACUACUGGAAAAUAUGCUGGCUUUUAUGGACAGGUAGUAAGUUUAGAUGAAGAAAAUGGACGAGCUAUGGUAGAAAUCCCUAUCAAAAAAGAGACAGUUAGCCUUAGCGAGUUUAUGAUGCAGCCUGUUCCUAAGUCAGAAUAUGAUAAACAAUCUAAAGUCAUAAAUGCUGAUUCAUAUGAAGAAUACAAAAAGAAUGAAAGCUCUCAAAAGGCACCAAACCCGCGGCCAAAACCUGAAAAGGAUAGUUCUUCGGGUCAGAGGUAUAACGAGAAAAGAAAAGGAAAUGAAGAGCACCAUUCAAAUGGUAGUAGAUUAAAGAAAAGAAAUGAUUCUCCAGAUUUAGAUAAAGAAAGAAGGAGAAACAAAUCAAGCAAAAGAUAUAGUAGUAGUGAUUCACUUAAUUCGUCCGAGUCUGACUACAGAUCGCGGAGGCGUAGUUACAGCAGUGACUCAGAUAGAGAAAAGAGAAGUCACAAAAAAAGCUCCAAAGGAAAGAGAGAUAUUGACAAGAAGAGAAAAGGGAAAAAGAAGAAAAGGGACAGAGACCGGUCACCUAAUUAUAAAAAAUAUAGGAAAUAA